AUGUCUGGAGUCCAAGGCGCAAGUGUCGGUAUCGAUCUCGGCACGACCUAUUCCUGCGUGGGUGUGUGGCAGAACGACCGUGUGGAAAUCAUUGCCAACGACCAAGGUAACCGCACGACCCCUUCGUACGUGGCGUUCACGGAUAGCGAGCGCUUGAUCGGUGACGCCGCCAAGAACCAAGUGGCGAUGAACCCGACCAACACGGUGUUCGACGCCAAGCGUUUGAUCGGCCGCAAGUUCAACGACUCUGUGAUCCAAGCCGACAUCAAGCACUGGCCGUUCAAGGUGACGCCGGGUGCCGGCGACAAGCCGCAAAUCACGGUCGAGUUCAAGGGCGAAACCAAGACGUUCCAGCCCGAAGAAAUCUCGUCGAUGGUGUUGAUCAAGAUGAAGGAAGUGUCGGAAGCGUUUAUCGGUUCCACGGUGAACAACGCCGUCAUCACGGUGCCUGCGUACUUUAACGACUCGCAACGCCAAGCGACCAAGGACGCCGGUGCCAUUGCUGGCUUGAACGUGUUGCGUAUCAUCAACGAACCCACGGCCGCCGCCAUCGCGUACGGUUUGGACAAGAAGGGUGGCGAACGCAACGUGUUGAUUUUCGACUUGGGCGGCGGGACCUUUGAUGUGUCUUUGUUGACGAUCGAAGAAGGCAUCUUUGAAGUGAAGGCCACUGCCGGUGACACGCACUUGGGUGGUGAAGAUUUCGACAACCGUUUGGUGGACCACUUCACGGCUGAGUUCAAGCGCAAGCACCGCAAGGACAUGACCGCGAACCAACGUGCCCUCCGCCGUCUGCGCACGGCCUGCGAGCGCGCCAAGCGCACGCUGUCGUCGUCGGCGCAAGCGUACAUUGAAAUCGACUCGUUGUUCGACGGCAUUGAUUUCAACAGCACGAUCACCCGCGCGCGUUUCGAAGACAUGUGCGGUGACUACUUCCGCAAGACGAUGGAGCCUGUGGAGAAGGUGUUGCGCGACUCGAAGUUGUCCAAGAGCCAAGUGCACGAAGUGGUGCUUGUGGGCGGGUCGACCCGUAUCCCCAAGCCGUGGCAAGCCGCGAUCUUGUCGGGCAACGACAGCUCGGAGAAGUUGCAAGACUUGUUGUUGCUGGACGUGACGCCGUUGUUGCUCACGUUGGAAACGGCCGGCGGUGUGAUGGCGACGCUGAUCCAGCGCAACACGACGGUGCCGACGAAGAAGUCACAGACGUUUUCGACGUGCGCGAACAACCAGUCGGGUGUGCUGAUCCAAGUUUUUCGUUGGUUGGACGGGAUCCCGCCCAUGCCCCGCGGCGUGCCGCACGUGGACGUGACGUUCGACAUUGACGCGAACGGGAUCUUGAACGUGUCUGCGAUCGAAAAGUCGACGGGCAAGGAGAACAAGAUUACGAUCACGAACGACAAGGGUCGCUUGAGCAAGGACGACAUUGAGCGCAUGGUGCAAGAAGCGGAAAAGUACAAGUCGGAGGACGAAGCCAACAAGUUGCGCAUCGAAGCCAAGAACGGGCUGGAAAACUACGCGUACAACCUGCGCAACACGCUCAACGACGAGAAGCUCCAGGGCAAGUUGGACGAAGCGGACAAGAAGGUCGUGGACGACAAGGUGACGGAGACGAUCAACUGGCUGGACGCGAACCAAUCGGCCGAGAAGGAGGAGUACGAAGCCAAGCAAAAGGAGCUCGAAGGCGUGGCCAACCCGAUCAUGCAAAAGCUGUACGCGGCUGGCGGCGGCGCCCCCGGCGGUGUGCCCGACUUUGGCGCCGCCGGCGGCGCCCCGCCCCCGGCCGCCAGUGCCCAAGGCCCCAAGAUUGAAGAAGUCGAUUAA